UCUAAGGGAAUAUGUAAUUUGUAAAGCUUGUCAUAGUUUUCGCCUUCCGCUGGAUUCUGCUUUUCAAGGUGAAUAAUCCAUCGAUAAAUAGGAGCGUUAUCAUGAGGGGUGCAUCAAAUGCGCUUCAGUGGGCUCGUGGGCUUAUGAGGUGUGCCUACUUCUCUUUGCAGGAACUGGGCACAAAACUGGCGCUCAUGUACAAUCCAGACCCAACUCAGUACGUCCCUCUGUGGUUUCUGCAGCAGCGCUAUAACUACUUCCUCUGGCUGAACGACGGUACGAGAAGCGCUGGCCAAGCUGCCACGCUUCUCGAUAAAGCUGUGAUGUUGAGUACACUAGGACGAGACGCACGCGAAGAAGUCAACGCUGGCGUCCACAGAACACGCCUGUGCGACAAGACCAAGCUGCCUUUGCAAAUCUACGAUGCUCUAAAGCUGCUGUUAACCGUCGACAAGGGUCUCGAUAAAAUUGCCUCCAAUGCUACCCACCUACGCCUUUCGGUAGACGGAAUGACAACUGCAACGCAGAUGUACCACUACCUCGGCUCCAACCUUCAUCACCUUCGAGAAGUAAAACUUUUGUUUAAAACGGUAUCUUGGCAAUUUACAAACUCAGAAUACUGGUGGCUCCAAAGAUACAAGCGGAAUUAA